AUGGACGUUAUCGACGAUAUUUUGUUAUUUAACGAAAUGGAUAUUAUUAAUAACAUUGAAAGGCGACCCUAUAAUACAAUUAAUACAUUUCGUCACGUCGAUAACUUUCACGAGUGGGAUGAAACUGAUUUUGUAAGACGGUUUAGAUUGUCUAAAGCUUCCGUCCUUGUAGUAUUAGAGUUAAUACAAGGUGAUAUUCGGGCUCGUACUAACAGGAACAAUCCCAUAGCUCCAUUGCAGCAGUUGCUUCUUACGCUUCGCUUUUUUGCAAGUGGAAGCUUUUAUAUAACCGUGUCAGAUUUCGGCGGAAUACAUAAGAGUACUGCGGCACAAAUAAUAAAGAGAACCGUAACUGCCUUGUGUCAAUUACGCCGGGACUAUAUCUAUUUCCCAAGAGAUCCAGAAGAGCAACAUAAUGUCAAAGCAAAAUUCUGCAACAUUGCAGCAUUUCCAAGAGUUCUUGGAGCCCUUGAUGGUACCCACAUCCGGAUUCAAUCACCAGGUGGGCAACAAGCCGAGACAUUUAGAAAUAGGAAAGGAUAUUUCUCAUUAAAUGUUAUCAGUGAUGCAAAGCACUACAUACGAAAUAUUGUCACUCGAUGGCCUGGAUCAAGCCAUGACGCAAAUAUAUUUGAUAAUUCACUCAUUCGAAUGCAAUUUGAAAAUGGGGAAAUGGGCAAUGGACUGCUAUUAGGCGAUAGUGCAUACCCCCUCAGAUCGUAUCUAAUUACACCUAUUAACAAUCCCCAAGGUGAAAUAGAGACCCUGUUUAAUGAAUCGUUAAUCCGCACGAGAACUGUAGUGGAGAGAACUUUUGGCAUUUGGAAGCGGCGUUUCCCUAUACUAUCCGUAGGAAUGAGGUGUCGUGUUGAAUUAGCACAAAAUAUUAUUGUCGCCACAGCAGUAAUACAUAACAUUGCACGUCAAGAGAGAGAUGCCAUUGACGAUUUGGAGGAUGACCCACUAAUAGAGAAUGUACUGGCUCCUCCACCUAGGAAUGACAAUGAUAACCACCAUCAUAGAAGAGAGUUAUUAGAAUAUUUUGAACAGUUGUACAAUCAUAGAAAUUAA